AAUCUUGCUAACAACAAACUGUCAAGUUUGCACCAAGACAUGUUUUCGGAAUUGACAGAAUUGACGCACUUGGAUUUAAGUUCCAAUUCUAUUGAGGCCAUUGAUGAGAACAUGUUUCAAAAUAACAUAAAACUGGAACGACUUUAUUUGGGGAAUAAUCCAAUUCAACGUAUUGAUAAAAAUAUUCUCACGUCAUUAUCAAAUGGAGCUUCAGUCGAUAUCACCUUGACCAACAUCAAAGAGUUCGAUACAACUUCGUUAAGAGAAAACGUCCAAUUUUCUGGUGGAUUUGCAGUGAAAACAGCAUCUGGAAGCUACUCACAAUCGUACGAACUGAAUUUUUUGUCGGAUCUCAAAUAUGUCAAUAUCUCAGGCAAUCAACUUCAAAACACGUCGGAAGUAAUCCAGCAUUUUGGAUCACCGAUUGAAACGUUGGACGCAUCUUCAAAUUUUAUCGGAAAAUUGACAGCAGAAACAUUCAGAAACUUGAUCAAUUUGAAGUAUUUAAAUUUACAAAGCACCAAUUUAACGACCAUUGAUGCCGAUACGUUAAAUCCGUUGCUGUUCCCAGAAAGUGGUCGAAAAUUGCAAGUUUUACUCUUAAAUGACAAUCCAAUCACACGACUCGAUUCAAAUGUUUUUCUGCCCAUGAUGAAUUCGGUUGAAGUGAAAGUGUCUUGUGACCAUGCUGAGGAGAUCGAUACAAAUGCCAUUGCAAAUGCGCUAAAAAUUGACUCAAACGAAAGAGAAGACAUUGUUUUCCACGUAAAAAGUCAAAAUUUCGAAUUAGUUUGUUCAAAGCAGCAAUUCAAGCGACUAUGGUAUUUCAAUAUUUCUGGCAACCAACUAAAAAAUGGUCCGCAAAUCAUUGACUGGCUUGGAAAUUCCGUGGAAACAUUGGAUGUGUCGUCCAAUUUCGUCGGGAAGCUAAAUGUCCACACAUUUGAAAAGUUCACCAAUUUGCAACAAUUAAAUUUGAGUCGAACGAAUUUGUCCAAUUUUGGUUUCGCCACAUUUUACCACCAGAAAAAUUUGCGAAUUUUUUAUUUAUCGUUCAAUCAAUUGAAAAAAGUCAAUUUCACGCUUUUGUUUCGAAAUUUUCAAUUUUUGAAGACUCUUCGUCUGGAAGGAAACGAACUGACCGAACUUCGGAGUGUAAACCGAGAGAUUUUUCCCAGCCUUUCUUCGCUGUGCAUCUCGAAAAAUCACUUUUCAUGUGAUUAUCUAGCCACAUUCUUACCAAAGAGACAUUAUACGCUUCUUAUUUAUCCCAUAAAUAAAACAAACAUCGAUGGAGUCGAUUGUGUUCAUGAGGGUGAAGAAAUUAGCGGAGCUGGCAAAGUUGAAUCAGAUACGGAAAUAGAAAAAAUACCUAAAAACAUUCCGAAAACGAAUUUCGGUGAUAACAAUUCAACUAAACUUCAACGUACUACUGACAUCAACCAGAUUGCAACUAUUGAUCAGACCACCGAAAUGGAAGACAAACCGAUCACUCGCUUCGAUUGCACCGUUCUUUCAAAGACCAUUAACUCCCAAACGGUACAAGUUUCCUGUGACCACAUCAAAGAGAUUGAUACCAGUUGCAUGGGAAAUUCAAUACAAAUCAACUUCAAUAACAACGAUGAAAUCGUUUUUCAUUUACCACAAAU